CAAUUUCCCUAAAUUAUAAUAUAUUCCAGGUAAGAUAUUAAGUCUUCAUAAAUGCAUGUUAGUCACCUUAGUUAAUAACAUGGUUUUUAAUAUUUAAUUAUACUGGAAGUUUGAAGAUAUAAUUCAUUAAAUGUUUAAACAUCUUGUACUUAUUCAUAUACAUUAUUAUUAUUAAUCAACGAGAAAUCAUUGUAAAAAGUACCCAAACAAAUAAUAAAAAAAUAAUAAAUCCACCGGACUAUAAAUACCGGAACCCAGACCCAAAAGUGAAGUAGAUUUAAUGUUUGACGCUGAGUCCGCUUUUUCCCACACUGCCACUUUUAUCUGUUGCAAUUCAAUUUCCAACAACACCCAACGAAAAAAAAAACUCUUCAAUUCUACUACGAACUAUAUUGCUGUAGAGUGGUAGAGAGAGAGAGUAGAGAGAGAGAGAGAGGCGAGGACGAAAACAUGGGAAAAUCAGCUGUAUCGUGCUUCAGGAUCAUCACCUGUGCCAGUGAAUCCAACGGCAACGACGAUCUCCAAAGUAAAGUUUCGAAUGAUCGGCGUGGAUGGAGUUUCCGGAAGAGAACUGCUACACAUAGAGUCUUGAGCAACACUGUCAUAUCAGAAGCACCUUCUUCUGCAAAUAAUCAUAGCCCAGGCUCUACUUCAGCCGACUUUUCGGUGCAGCCUAGCUUGACUGUUGCCGAGAAGAACUCUGCAGUUCAAUGUACGGAAGAGAAAUAUAAAUCGUCUGCUCAAAUCGAGUCAAAAUUUCCAGACAUUAUAGUUGCAAGAGAAGAUGAAUGUAGAGCAGAUGAAACCCUUGACGAUUCCAGCAUCAUCCUAAUCCAAUCCGCCAUUAGGGCAUACCUGGCUCGACGAUUGUUACUGAAGCAGAAGAAGGUAAUUAAUUUGCAGCAUGAAACGGAGAACCUUGAAUACUGUGAUGGCAAAGACGGCAUUUUAGUUCCAACUGAUUUUCAUUCCGCAGAAACAUCGGAAAAUGACAACAGAUCGAUCACUUAUGACUUAACAGAUUCUGGUCCGACUGAGAUGAAAGAAACAAAUUUGGUGUCAAGGGUUGAAGCGAACUCUCUCCUAGACAAGGACGAAACAGGAAAUGGACAAGACAUACCGAAUUUGGAAAAGUUCUAUAUAGAGCAAUCUGAAACUGAGGCAAAAGGGUUUUCUGAAAAGGCAAGUAAUCCCGAUUUUAUCUAUGCUCAGUCGAAAUCUGCAAAAUUAACAAGUGAACAAAUCAAGACUCGGGAUAUUGGAGUGGACGACAGUUCGAUUUCCAAUGCUUCAUCAGUUCAAAUUGCUGCCUCUGAAUGUGGCACUGAACUUUCCAUUUCUUCUACCCUUGACUCACCAGACAGGUCAGAGGCUGGAUUUAAUGAUCUUGAAAAGGAAUCGAAAAUAUCAGACAAAGCUAAUGAGAAGUCCAGCGUAUUGUGCACUGAAUUAUCGCCCGAAGAAUCUCCUAGAAGCAUUGUGGAAUCUCAAAGAACACCUUCUAGCCAGGUGUCGGUCAAUCUCAAGAAAAGCAAAGGUGAAAAAACCGAGUCUGCCAAUAGCAAGAAUAGGUCUUCCUCAGGGGAUAAAAGGCGAAAUUCUUUCGGUUCACCAAAACCCGAUCAAGAACCUAGAGAUAGUAGUAGCAGUAAUUCAUUACCAAGUUACAUGCAAGUAACGGAAUCAGCUAAAGCCAAAGCAAUAUCAAAUGGAUUUCAGAGAUCGAGCCCAGAUGCGCUAGUUAAGGACAUUUUCGUAAAAAAGAGACAUUCUCUACCUGCAGGUACGAAUGGAAGGCAGGGGUCGAACGCUAAAGGAAAUGAAAUCCAUUCUCCUCAAGACCGGAAGUGGCGGAGGUAAAAUCAAAUUGUAACUUAAGCUGAUGAUAUUGGACUGGUCCUGGACAGGGGAUUGUAGGCCUGUAGCUGAACAAGAACUAUAUGCACUGAGUACUGCAUUUUUAUAUUUUUUUUAUAUGUAAAUUGCCAUAUUAUUACUAUUUAUUUUAUUUUGUUCUGCCCCCAACUUAAUUGUAAAUUGACAUUUUUAUCCUGUAAUCGAAUUAUUCGUUUAAUGAUAUGACCCUACUUGUUUUGAUAUUAA